AGUGGGUGGGUCUUGGGUUGUGUAGAAGAAGCAGCUAAUCGCUAGCCUUCGGGAGCUGCAGGUUCUGUCUUUAGCCAUCAACAUGGUCCAACUUGUGGGUUCCCUCCGAAAAGAGCUGGCUGAUUCCAUCUCCACCUGCAAGGUCCUGGUAGUGGGAGCAGGAGGGAUCGGCUGCGAGCUGCUAAAGAACCUUGUACUCACCGGCUUCAAAAACAUCGAAGUGAUUGACUUGGACACAAUUGAUGUCAGCAACCUGAACCGUCAGUUCCUCUUUCAGAAGAAGCAUGUAGGCAAGUCUAAAGCACAGGUGGCCAAAGAGAGUGCCUUGCAGUUCUGCCCCAGUGCCAACAUCACCGCAUGCCACGACAGCAUCAUGAACCCUGAAUACAACGUGGAGUUCUUCAGAAAAUUCAUGCUUGUGAUGAACGCCCUGGAUAACAGAGCUGCCCGUAACCAUGUCAACAGGAUGUGUUUGGCAGCUGAUAUCCCUCUGAUAGAGAGUGGCACUGCUGGAUACCUGGGACAGGUCACGGUCAUCAAGAAGGGAAUGACAGAGUGCUACGAGUGCCAGCCGAAACCAGCACAGAAGACCUUCCCAGGAUGCACCAUAAGAAACACGCCAUCUGAGCCCAUUCACUGCAUCGUCUGGGCCAAAUAUCUCUUCAAUCAACUGUUUGGAGAAGAAGAUGCAGAUCAAGAGGUGUCGCCGGACACAGCGGACCCAGAGGCUGCAUGGAAUCCCGAAGAGACGGCGGCUCGUGCCACCGCUUCAGAUAAGGAUGGGGACAUCAAGCGUGUUUCCACCAAGGAAUGGGCUCGAUCCACCGGAUAUGAUUCCGUCAAACUCUUCAACAAGCUGUUCAAAGAUGACAUCAUGUACCUUCUGACCAUGGACAAGUUAUGGAAGAAGAGGAAAGCUCCUACACCUUUAGACUGGCACCAGCUAGAGAAUAGUGAGUGUCCUAAGGAGGGGACUCCAGCUUCAGGUCUGAAGGACCAGCAGGUUCUGGAUGUUUGGGGUUACUGCCAGCUGUUCCAGCACAGCGUGGAGACGCUCCGCUCACAGCUGCAGGAAAAGGGCGAGGGUGCUGAGCUGGUCUGGGAUAAGGAUGACCCUCCAGCCAUGGACUUUGUUACAGCAGCAGCCAACCUGCGUAUGCACAUCUUCAGCAUGAACAUGAAAAGUCGCUUUGAUGUCAAGUCAAUGGCAGGUAACAUCAUCCCAGCUAUUGCCACAACCAAUGCUGUCAUCGCUGGACUCAUCGUGCUGGAGGGGCUCAAGAUUUUAUCUGGGGAACUGGAAUCCUGUCGCACGAUCUUUCUGAACAAGUGCCCCAAUCUCAGGAAGAAGCUGCUGGUCCCCUGCGUGCUAGACCCGCCCAGCGCGAACUGUUACGUCUGUGCCAGCAAACCUGAAGUCACGGUCAAGCUCAACGUGCACAAAACCAUGGUGCUCACUCUGCAAGACAAGAUUGUGAAGGAGAGGUUUGGUAUGGUGGCUCCAGAUGUUCAGAUAGAAGAUGGAAAGGGAACCAUCCUCAUUUCCUCAGAGGAAGGAGAGACGGAGGCCAACAACAGCAAAUUUCUUUCUGAUUUUGGGAUCCGUAACGGCAGCCGGCUCCAAGCUGACGACUUCCUCCAAGACUACACACUCCUCAUCAAUGUCCUGCACGUUGAGGACCUAGAGCGGGAUGUGGAAUUCGAGGUAGUAGGUGAGGCCCCAGAUAAGGCUCCACCCCCUCAGACUAACCAAGAGGAGGUUAACAGCAUCACCAACGGCAACAAGGACUCCGCCCAGCCGUCAACAUCCUCUAAAGCUCCGUCAGAGGAUGACGACAUCAUGAUAGUCGACUCUGAUGAGGAGGAUGGGGCGGCUUCCAGCUCAGCAGCAGCAGCAGCAGCAGCAACGGGUGGCACAAAGAGGAAGCACUCAGACGCCGAAACUGGCGAGACCUCCACCAAGCGCCCACGGACAGACCAAUCGGCAGCCGACAACAAUGACGACGAUGACAUAAUCGCUCUGGACUAACUCCCCUCCCUUUCUCCUGAGGGACUGCAAACUCUUUGACUGCUCGUCAUUUUGACUCGAGACAGACAGUAGGUUUAAAUAAAACACCUCCUUCAUGAAGAACCGUUUACAACCCGGGCUUCUCUUUCAACAGUUUCCCCCUCAAAUGUGUUUGUGCUUUCGUAUUCCCUCCACUCUCUGACAUGAUGCUGUAAAUAGAUCCUACAAUAUAUCCUACGGGGGGGAAAGUUUUGACGAAAAAAAAUACAUAGACUUCCUGUUAUGUCACUUCUACUUCUCUUGUUGGUUAAAUAAACAAAAACUGCAUUUUUUUUGUAUUUUUUUAUAAACGUACUGUAUUUCUCAUGCUACACAAGUCAGGGUGUUUUUGUGCUUUGAUGUCAAGUUUCAAAGGAAUAAGAUUUAAAAAACCAAAACAUUUUCUUGGGUUGUAAUAUUGAUCUCAGUUUUUGUGAAGAUGGGGACAGAGGGGUUUGGGG